AACCACGUCCUGACGCUGAUGUCCAUGGCAGCUCGCAUCUACAAGCACCCCAGCCUGAAGAACUCCAUCAGCCUGGUGGUGGUGAAGGUGCUGGUGGUGGAUGAGGAGGCAGCAGGGCCGGAGGUGUCCGACAACGGGGGGCUCACCCUGCGCAACUUCUGUAGCUGGCAGCAAAGGUUCAACCCCCCGAGUGACCGGCACCCGGAGCACUAUGACACUGCCAUCCUGCUGACCAGACAGGACUUCUGUGGACAGCAGAGCUGUGACACGCUGGGAGUGGCGGAUAUCGGCACCAUGUGCGACCGCAACAAAAGCUGCUCCGUGAUCGAGGAUGAAGGUCUGCAAGCAGCUUACACCCUGGCCCAUGAACUGGGCCACGUUCUCAGCAUGCCCCAUGAUGACUCCAAGACCUGCGAGCGGGUCUUCGGGCCCCUUGGCAAGCACCAUAUGAUGGCCCCUCUUUUCAUCCACUUGAACAAGACCCAGCCCUGGUCUCCUUGCAGCGCCAUGUACCUCACCGAGUUCCUGGAUGGAGGGCACGGCGACUGCUUGCUGGAUGCCCCAGCAGACCCCCUGUCCCUGCCUGUGGAGCUGCCCGGCCAAGGAGCCCUCUACAGCCUGGACCAGCAGUGCCAGCAGAUCUUCGGCAAGGACUUCCAGCACUGCCCCAACACCACGGAGGAGGACAUCUGCGCCCAGCUCUGGUGCAGGACCGGCACUGGGGAGCCCCUCUGCCACACCAAGAACGGCAGCUUGCCCUGGGCCGAUGACCGCCACUGUGACAGCCCCAAGCCUCAGCACGGCGGCAGGUACUGCGAGGGCCAGCGCGCCAAGUACCAGUCCUGCCACACCGACGAGUGCCCGCCGGAUGGGAAAAGCUUUCGGGAGCAGCAGUGUGAGAAGUACAACAGCUACAACUUGACGGAUCUGGAAGGGAACCUCUUGGAGUGGGUACCCAAGUACGCCGGGGUGUCACCCCGAGACCGAUGCAAGCUCUUCUGCCGAGCCAGAGGGAGGAGUGAAUUCAAAGUCUUUGAGGCCAAAGUGAUUGACGGGACGCUGUGUGGACCAGAGACCCUCUCCAUCUGUGUCCACGGGCAGUGCAUCAAGGCUGGCUGCGAUCACAUCGUUGGGUCCUCCAAAAAGCUGGAUAAAUGUGGCGUGUGCGGUGGCAACGGAUCAACAUGCAGGAAAAUAUCCGGCUCACUCAACCGAUCCAAAUACGGCUACAACGACAUCGUCACCAUCCCCGCCGGGGCAACCAACAUCGACAUUAAGCAGCGCAGCCACCGAGGGGUCCGUCACGACGGGAACUACCUGGCCCUGAGGACCCUCGAGGGCAAGUCCCUGCUUAACGGAGACUUUCCCAUCUCGGCCAUGGAGCAGGACAUCCUCAUUAAGGGAACCAUCCUGAAGUACAGUGGCUCCAUGACGACCCUGGAGAGGCUGCAGAGCUUCCGACAGCUCCCGGAGCCCCUCACCGUCCAGCUGCUGACCAUCGCCAGCGAGGUCUUCCCACCCAAAGUCAAAUACACCUUCUUCAUCCCCAAGGACGUCCCUUUCAGCAAGCAGAAAGGCAAAGAGAAGAAGUCGGCCAACGUCAUCCGCCCGAUGCUGACCUCCCAAUGGGUCCUGGGCGACUGGUCCGAGUGCUCCAAGACGUGCGGCUCCGGCUGGCAGCGGCGGGACGAAAACGUGGAGGGUCAAACCUCCUCUACCUGCGACAGAGCCCUCAAGCCUGAGGACAUCAAGCCCUGCGGUGACAUCCCCUGCCCGCUCUGGCGCCUGGGCCCCUGGUCCCCCUGCUCCCAGACCUGCGGGGAGGGCGUGCGGACGCGCAACGCCUCCUGCAUCGACUACACCGGCGCAAUCACUGCCCCGGAGAGAUGCAGCUCACCGGGGCCACCGCCGGCCACCGCUGCCUGCGUGCUGCAGCAGUGCUGA